AUGGAUCCACGUCGAUCAGGCCAUUUCAAUAGAGUUGCAAGAUCUAUGAAUAAUUAUGUAGCAGCAUCUGCACAUAAUUAUUAUUGGGGACAUGAUGCUGUUUCAGGAGGACCUUAUCAUCCUUCGGCACAUUUUAAUGGAAAUUAUGGUUAUCCAUCUCAGCAUGGAUCAUUUUCAAAUGGAUUGCAAGCUCUUAUUGCUAAUAUUGGUCAUUAUUUACGUCAAUGGAUAGGUUAA